AUGCACCAGGGGUGGUUGUUGCAGCAAAGAAGGUGCCAGGGAUCAUGCAACGCUACUGCGGAAUGUGGCAAGUAUGCCGCUAAAGAUAACUUUGCGUGUCCGUUGGAUGUUUGCUGCAGUGAAUUUGGUUACUGUGGAACCACAGACGAGUUCUGCAAUGAUGACUGCCAGAAUAAAGGAGGCUGUCCUGCCGUUGACCGACCUCAAUGCUCUGAGAGUACCGACGCUAUGUCUUUGGACGUUCGAGUUGGCUACUACAGUAUGUCAGGAGCCGAACGAGACUGCGAUACUUCUUUGCCGGAGAACAUUGCAGCUGGUGCUUUGACCCACAUCAACUUGGCAUUUGCGGGAAUCAGUGAAGAUUUCGAGAUAACAGAUGAGAAUGGACCUAUUGUAGCACGAACAUCCCGACUAAAAAAGAAGCACCCGGGUCUAAGGGUCAGCAUUGCAAUCGGUGGUUGGGUUUUCAACGAUCCGCCUACUCAAAACCGAUUCUCUGACAUGGUAUCAACCCGGCCUAAUCGAGAAAGGUUCAUUGCAUCUUUGAUCAGGUACAUCCGACGUUAUAGCCUGAAUGGUGUAGAUAUUGAUUGGGAAUAUCCUGUGGCAGCUGACCGCGGAGGUACAGAUCUCGACAAGCAGAACUUUGUUCUUCUCUGCUCCGAUAUUCGCGAUGCAUUUGAGAGGGAAGAUUCGGGCUUGCAACUGACUGUAACCCUCCCUUCAAGCUACUGGUAUCUAAGAGGAUUUGAUCUGAAACGCCUUGAAAAGUACAUUGACUGGUUCAAUGUCAUGACUUAUGAUAUCCAUGGUAUAUGGGACCAGAAAAGUGUCUGGACAGGUCCGUAUCUGAAAGGACACACGAACCUGACUGAGAUCGAGGACGGUCUUGACCUUCUGUGGAGAGCUGAUAUCAGUCCCGAAAAGGUCGUUAUGGGAUUUGGCUUUUACGGGAGGUCUUUCACAAUGUCUGACUUAAAAUGCUACAAGCCCCCGUCUUGUAAGUUUGAUAGUGCUGGAUUUGCUGGUGAAUGCACCAAUGAAGCGGGAAUCUUGUCAUACUCUGAGGUUAUGAGCCGGAAAAGCCAACUCGGAGCUACCGUAUUCUACGAUGAAAAGUCAUCAGUGAAGUAUAUGACUUAUGGCUCUAAUCAAUGGAUAUCAUUCGAUGACGAGGAAUCAUUUGAGGCCAAAAAGAAGUAUCUGUUCUCCCGGUGUCUGAGAGGCCUGAUGGUUUGGUCCCUUGAUCUUGAUACACAAGAUCACCAGGCAAUGACCGGUCUCUUCGGCGAGAAGGCCAUGGAAGGUGCCCUUACAAAGUCGGGUUUAGACAGCGAAGAAGCGGAGCAGUUAUCUUUUGACCUUUCUGCAUGGACUGGAGAGCGGUGCUAUUCAACUCCGACUUGUACUGACGGCUCUAAAACCGAACGGACAGCAGAUCAGGUAUGCAAGGGUGGGUACACAGCAUUGGAAAUGGCCCACUCCCCUGUGCAAAAGAACGCCGAUUUCACCAUGAAUGGGGACUGCGAUGAAGGUUGGUGGCGAUACAUUUGUUGCCCGACCAAGGCAUUGCCUCAAAAUUGUGACUGGCAUGGUGCUCCUGAACGCUCUGCUUUCGGGUGUGAUCGAGGUUGCGGCCCAUCGCAAUUCGAGCUCAAUAUUGACAUGUACCUGGACGCCAAGGGAGAAGGGGACUGCUUUUCUGGCGCUCGCAGUCUCUGUUGUGACAACACUGAAAUCCUGGACAAGUGUCAUUGGUCGGACUGUGAUUACCGUCCCGACAAGAGCUCUUGCGGUGAUGACGAAGAAUCAAUCGCAAUACGAUUUGAUAAGAACGAUGGUGGUUCCUGUGGAACAACCUCUUUCAGACCACCCGGGGAGCGCACGGUACGCCGAGAAUUCUGCUGCCCCAAAAAAGAUAAAUUUGAGAAAUGCUCAUGGUCAAUCGAUGACUGCAAGCCAGGAAAAUGUGCCAAAGACAAGCUCCAGGUGACAACUGCGCAAGAUCCAUCAUGGCUCUACGACAUAUCACGCUAUACCUCGGACGAAUGCUUUGGCUACCAUAUUCCAAAAAUGGCCAGUUCAGACUUUCCACUUUGCUGUGAGCCACCGUCUACAUACAGCGAGAAGUGGCCCGUGGAGCCAAAGUAUCUUUGGAGUCAUUACUACGAUGCUGACGACGAUGAUAUCAGUUGGCAAUUCAGCGACAAUUUUGGUAACAAUAACAAAGACACUACUCCUGGCGAUAUGGACGAUGACCCUGGCACUGAUCCCUACGGUUUCGUCAUGCUUGACGGCCCCCCUGGGUCCAUCAACAAUGCCUUUGGUUCACAGUACACCGUCGUGACUCGGGAUGCACCCACAAACAUCAAAAAGCGAAGCAUCGUCACCACCAACCAAACAAGCUUGGACUCUGUGUUUGAACAUGCCGAAGAGACCGUUCUCGUGUACUGCAACUACCCCGCAGACUCUAAAGAGUGUCGCCAAAUCUUCCACAAUCGUGCCGAGGACACCAUUAUUCGCCUUCCUGACCAUGUCGGAGAGGGUCCGUGGGCAAGGGUUGUCUCUAUGGAGCCGGUAGAAAGCCCAUCUAUGCAUAUGCCUGGAUGGAUCAUCCGAAAGAGAAGUGACACUGACAACCAGAAUGGUGUGUAUGCGCUCAAGUUCGACUACGACUUCCACGCCAUUAAACGUGAUGACGAGCAAGUCAACAUCCGAGUCGACUACACCAAUCUGAUCCCAUACUGGGACGAAAUGACAGAUUCCCCAGCUACAAAGCGCAAGCGAGGGACAGAAGAAUCUUUCACGUACGAGGAAUGGAGGAACAAAGUUGAUCGAGCAAAGGUGCUGGACACCAAGCGAUCCUCCCGCAAUGAGACGGGAAAAUUGACAGUUCGCUCCAAUAACACAGUUCAACCCAGAGCUACGCUUCAUCGCCGGUGGUGGGGAGUAUUCACCGAAUGGGUGAAAAAAUUGACCACGGUCACAAAAACUGACGGUGGACUACUGCCAAUGGGCUUGGUCCGUUCCCUUGUCCUCUAUAGUGGAAGACUACGUUGCACCAACGAGGAAGUUACUAUAACCGCGGGCCUGGAUAUCACAGCGGACUUUAACAUGGAGAUGAACGCGCGAUACUCCUACUACUUCUCUGGUACCGUUGUCCCGCCCACUGUAACAGAUAUGUAUGCCUACGUCGGUGUGCAUCCACAAGUAUACGCUGGAGUUGGUAUUAGCGGCAACGCUCAGUUGUACUACCCUAGCGAGCGAAAGAAAAUCAUCGACACAUUGACUUAUCCUGGGUUGGCAAUCAAGGGUAUCGCCGCAGUGGGUCCUACAAUGGACCUGUGGGGUCAGAUCGAUGGAAGAGUGACAGUCUCCGGUGAUAUGCAAGUUGGUUUGACCUACCAGUUUAACCCUGUGGAGCUUUACUUCCCAAACAAUGACGAAGCUCGCAAUACCUUGGAUGUGGAGGACAUGCAAAGCUCCCAGGUAGACAACUCAGGCUUAGCACCUCAGAUCUCUGGUAACGUGCGUGCGGAUGUUGAUAUCAACAUCCAUGCUACGCCUGAGAUCAACAUGGGUAUCAAGAUUGGUGGUGGAAUUGGUUCUCUGAAAGGCACGCUCGCUGAUGCCCAUGUUUCAGCUUUUGCCAACACGACCCUGAACUUCCAUGCACAGGCCAAAGCAGGCACAAACAAUGGAGACAAUAGCUGGUCCUACGGAUACUCAGUGAGCUUCCUCUACCGCUUUGGAUUUGGGUGCGUAGCCGAGAUCUACAAGUACGGAAAAUGGACGAGUGGCAUUUGGUAUCCCUUCAAACAAAGGGUGAUCCCGAUUUAUUCCAAAACUUUCUCGGCGUCCCAGUCUGAGAAGCGGUCUUUGGAAGGUCCUUUCUUCUCGGAGCAGCCACUUUCAGGUGCAAUCUUUGGCCUGAGCUCUGGUCUGAGUGCGGCUUAUCACUUUGACGACACGGAGACCGAUGGAUACCAACAAUACGGGAACAUCUCACUGACGAGGCGUGCAGAUGGCACCAUGAGUGACAAGGAAACGCAGUUCAAUCUGGGAUCCUUCAAGUGUACAACUGGCGCAGGAAGUGUCUGUGAUUCGACACUUUCAGAAAACAGUCUGAGCCAGCGGGGCUUGAUGCCGCUCUCCAGAGAUAGCGCUGAGAUACAGAAGCGAGCCAAGAAGCCCACAGACUGCCCCAGCAAGAUACCACGAUUUUAUUACAAUUGUGUGGCAUUCUUUCACGACAUGACAUUCUCUGAUGGCGGUGGAAGGGCGGACAUGGAAGGCAUUUGUUCAAACAUCGAGAAGUUCUUGACCAACAAUGCUCGGGGCAACAGUGGAAUAACCUUGACUUGGGAGUCUCAAAGACAAGCUCAACGCAGGAAAAAGUCAUGUCCAUCCAAGUAUUGCGAACCCGAAAAUGAAAAGAUCCGCCAGAGCCUUUACGGAUUGGGUAGCACCGAUAAGACGGAAUUUACCAAUUGCGAUGAGUUCCCCUUUGCCUCCUCAGAGGAGGGUGGUGUAGACUUUCUGGGUCUAGCCCCAGAUACUCCCACAGGAACGGUGCGAACAUGUGUUCCCAAGUGGCAGAACGAUGUUCAAGGACAAUGCAACAACCUCCUUAACAACAUCAGAACUAACGUGGAAUAUUUCAACACUGUUGGCAAACCCACUGAAGAGAAUCCCAGUUGGUGGCGAUGGAACCAACAUUCAUCAUGGGGUUCAAAAAGUGGUCUGGGAAAACGACAGCGCCUCGUGCCGUACCCUGAUCCCCAACCUAAGUCUUAUGUCGGUGCUAUGACAAAGGAUGACUAUGAUGACCCCAGGAAUCUGAACUUCUACCACAAACGCAAGUUCGAGUUGUUUUUGUCCUAUCCUCACGCAGGUCAGAACCCCGACGGACAAUACCCUGAUCAGGACUAUGACAAGGGCACCAUGAACAUACCUUCAGAUAAGAAAAAGCUUCAGCCCGUUAUUUCCGAUGUACCGUCUCCAAACGUUAUAUGUGCUGUGAACACAAUGGGUCAGCAUCGCUACGGGUGGGCCGGGGCCAAUGCCCUUUGCACAGAUGGAGUCAGUAGGGAUGUAAAGAUGUGGGGUGGUAAAUACCCUUCGAUACACGCUUUCCACUGUCGAGUUUCAUUUGUGGGGUCACCCUACACAAUCAAGAGAGAUGGCACACCACAGGAACCUUUGGGCUACUUCGGUGAUGAUCCAUAUUACUCUGUCGAACGCGUGGAUGAUACGGGCUAUAACUACGAUGAACCAGAAUCCGACAAUGACAUGUCUGACGACGAAGACCGUGAUUUUGUCAAUUUCUAUGACAUCGACAGUGAUGCCGAAGAGUUUUAUUGA